AUAAAAAAAUAAAAUGAUUCUGUACAUAAAAUGAAUUAAACUUUUAAAUACGCCUGGUAAUGUUAUAUCUUUUUUCGCCACUACGCCAGCCAGUCCUAAGCCUGGAAAAAGUAUGAAGGGAAGUUUAUUUCAUUUAAAUGACGACUUAAAUCAUUAUUUAAAAUUUACUCGUCACUUAAACAAGCUAACUUAAAAACACGAAAACGUUGUUAUAGUUUUAGCAGUACGCGACGUAACAUCAACUCCUUUUUCAAUUUGAACAAAGUUUCGUCCAUUAACUGCUGCGUUGGUACAAAUCUGCUACAUUAAUGAGAACCUGUUAAUAACGUUAACGGCUUUUUUAACAGGUUAACAGGAUAAAAUUAACGGCUUCGUUGCGUUAACCCAAAAAUCGUUAACGACCCACCACUACUCUAGGACGAUAAUAAACCUGGAACGAAUAUAUUCGUUUAUGAAGGAGUAAGACUUAAGAGUUACUUACCAACGAUUAAAAAAUAUUUUCGUUUACGAUACGCUUUAGUUUAUUUUGUAACAAGCUUUGUUUUUGUCAAUGUUCAUAGUUCGUUUGUAUUCAACAUUUAGUGUCAUAAUUAUUUUUCUUCCAAGUUUUUUUAACUAUUGUUUUUUGAACGUUACCUUCACUGUCAUUCCUAUCAGCUGAUUGUCAAACGAUAUUUGAGUCGAUGCAUUUCGUUGUCGACUUUGUUGAUACAAAUGAUCAAUUAAAAUGAAGAAAAUUCAGGGAAACGAUUCAUUUCAACGAAUUAAUUAUUUAUACCAAAUCAGUAAAGAAAUAGCAGAUAAAAACCCAGUACUCUCAGCUUAUUAUGGUAAUCUAUUUAUAAACGUGGCUAAAAAGAAUGUGGCAAAAAUACAUCCAGACAUUAAAAGACAAAUAUGCAAGAAAUGUAGAUGCAUUUUAAUCCACAAAGUCACAGCAAACAUGAGUAUUAAAAAGAAAAACAAAUCAAAGAUGGUGGAGUAUCUGUGCAACACUUGUGGCUCUAAAAAGAACUUUCCCGCCAAAAAGGACAAGGACUAUAGAACAUGGUUGGAAAAACCAGAAUCUGUGGUGGAAGUAGUUAGCUAAUUAUAUGAAUUAUGCAGCAUUCAGGCUUAUGGAAAAGAUCUGGAAAAUAAUGUAAAAAUGUUAAUAAAAUAAAAGACUGACUUCA